AUGGAUGAAAAAAAAAAAAAUUUUUAUAAUUAUGUUGAUAAUAUGCAUAAAAAAAAUGAAGAAAUACACAAAACAAUGCAAAUUAAAGAAAAGUUAAAAAAAGAAGAGCAAAAAAAAAUUGAAGAAUCUGAGGAAGUUAUGAAAAAAAAUGAUAUAUAUAUGUCCAAUGUUGAUAAUAUAAAUAAAAAUAAGGAAUUAAGCUAUGUUAAUUUAGAAAGAGAAUUAUCUAUUCAAAAAAACAAAUUACAAAAUUUAAAAUCCUUAUUAAGUGAAUUACCCGAUGCUAUUGAUAAAGAAGACGAAAAAUAUAAAGAAUUUAAAAAAAAAUCAUACAGAGAAAUUAAUGAAUUAAUGAAUACAUUAGAAUCAUCAAUUGGUUCUAGAAGUAUUGAUGAAAUGUGGGAUAAAAUAAAAGAAUGUCAUAAUAAUACAGAAAAACUAAAUAAUGCCAUUCAGGAAACAUAUAGUGAAUUAUCUAUGCUUAAUGAAAAAUAUUAUAAUUCAAAAGAUGAAUUUAGAGAUCUUGUUGAAUUAGAAAAGAAUAAAAAAAAAAAGCUAAAAAAAAUAUCAGUAACACUACAGUUUAUUCAAAAUUUAAAACAAGGGGUAGGUGAAAAAACAAAUAAUGAAAAUGAUUUAAAGAAAAAAUUAGAAGAAAUAAACGAUUUAUAUAAAUAA